CAACCAGAAAAACGUAUCUGUGCCCCCAUUAAGGACACUUGCUGAUAGGAAACAUAUUCAACGAAUGGAAAAAUAGAAAUCACAUCGCGGAUCGCUCUCAUGUUGCAUUGACCACUGAUGUAAAUUCGUGUGAAGUUUGCUUCAAGGGAAUUCACUCCGUUAUUUGGAUGCUUUGCAUUCAGUGAGAUCUAUCAGGAGUAUUGACGGUUAGGUUUAAACUUUCUAGAAGAUGAACUUGAUACAAGCAGGCUUUGUUUUCACUUUAUUGCUUCCAAGCUGCCAUGGCUUGGCCAGAAGAUGUGUAUCUUACUCUAAACCUGGAGAUGUCAUCAUAGGAGGGUUGUUUCCCAUCCAUUAUGUUGCGGGGCCCGGACUGUGUACGGACCGCCAAUCGCGAUGGGGGACUAUGCUAUCAGAGGCUAUGAUCUAUGCUGUGGAGUGCAUCAAUGAAAGGGACGACGUCCUCCCGAAUGUCACGCUAGGCUAUGACAUCCGCGACGACUGUCGCUCUGACGACGUGGCCCUGUGGCACGCCCUGGCACUGGUGAACGCCUUAAAUCCCAACGAGUCGUCGGGGCUGUGUCCACUGGAGGAGCACGCUGUCAAAGUGCUGGGUAUUGUGGGCACGUCAGAGGCUGCGACCAGCAUCGUGGCAACCAAGGCGGCCGCCAUGUACAAGGUGCCCAUGGUCUCCUUCAGCGCUGCCGGUGGCGAGUUAGGAGACAAAUUUCGAUUUCCAUAUUUUUUUCGCACUGCGCCUGAAAACACCUUAGAGGUUCGGGCAAUAGCGGAUAUCAUUCACACCUUUGGCUGGGUGUACGUGUCGCUGCUACACUCAACCGAUUCAGAUUACCUCCACAGUGCGCUUCGAUUCCAAGAGAUAGUGACCGAUUAUGGAAUUUGCGUGGCCUACUCUGCAGCUAUCAGGACAACGGCGGAUGACGAGGAGGUGGCCCAGGUGGUGGGAGAGUUGGACCGGUACCCUAAGGCCAAGGUGGUGGUCGUCAUUGGCGACAAAUUCACAGGCCAGAAGGUCAUGCGAGCUGGUCAGGCGGCUGGGAUGGUGGGCCGCUACCAGUGGAUCGGAGGGCCCCGAUGGGGAUACUUGAUGAAGGAGGAAGGCUUAGCUGACAUCUCAGACGGAACCAUUUUUGUGAGAAGCUACUCGGUGCCCGUAGAAGGCUUUGUGGAAUUCGCCCAAGCAAAAGCACCAACGGAGCCCCACGUCUCUCCCUGGUACAAAGACCUGGCCCUGAGUUGGAUGCAGGGUGAGAAUUGUGCAAAUAUAUCAGACUGUCCUCUGCACGUUGGUGAUUCAGGAGGAGCAGUGGUUGAUAGCGUCCACGCCAUUGCAUUUGCCUUCAAUGACUUCAUGAGAGAAAAGUGCGCCAAUGUCAGUGAUUGCCCGAUCGGCGAGAUUGCAAAGGAGGGUGAACUUUUUCGACAGAAGCUCUCAGCUGUCUCUUUCACGGGCGUGGACGGAGAGGCGAUUCGCUUUGAUAGCUCAGGAAACUCCGGCGGCAAGUUCACCAUUACGAACCUGAGGGAAGACACUGGGGAGCAUGAAGUUGGGCUGUGGGUGUCGGCCUACGAUACGGUCGAUCAGCGGCUCAGGAUCAGGCCGGAAGAGAUUCGGUACGUCGACAAGAGCUGGAUUCAGCCUACGUCGAUCUGCACAGAGGAGUGUGAGGCAGGAUUCAUUGUUGUGCCGCUGGAAGAGAAAUGCUGCUGGGGAUGUAAGAAGUGUUCGUCAAACGAAAUUGUGAUAAAUAAGACGUUGUGUUACCAAUGCCCCCGUAAAGAAUGGCCGGACAAAAGCAGGACCAAUUGCCUUCUCAUCAUUCCGUCCACAUUUGGCUGGACCGAGACGCCAGUCGUGGUCAUCCUGGUCUUGUCGAGCCUGGGUAUUAUGCUCUGCGCACUGACCAUCACCGGCUUAUUCGUGUACGGCAAGCACCCUCUGAUAAAAGCCAGCAGCAAAGAACUGUCCAGCUUCAACGUGGUGGGGUUGACGUUGACUUUCGUGACGUGUGUUGUGUUGCUCAUGAAGCCUACCUAUGCCUCCUGCAUCACCGCUGAACUUGGACUUGCCUUGAACAGCACACUGAUCUAUGCUCCCACGUUGUUGAAGGUGAAUCGCAUCUUCCGUAUCUUUCGAAAAGCCCGGAAGUCGACCCAGAGACCAAAGUUCAUCAGCCCAAAGCAUCAGGUCGUUGCCUGUCUGAUUUUCCUUACCAUUCAGGUGACGUUGUCCAUUCUGUCGGCUAUUUUGGCGCCCUCUGCACCAGCCGAGUUGAUCAGCCACGUUGGGGAGCCGUAUAUCGAGCUCUUCUGCUCCUUCGGCCCCGGUUUUCUCGUCUCGUGUGCCUACAACCUCCUACUGAUCCUCGCCUGUUGCUUUUACGCCUUCAAGGCCCGCAAAGUGCCCAGCAACUAUAACGAGUCCAAGUUCAUCGCGGUCAGUGUCUACUCCACUCUGGUCUUGUGCUUGGCCGUGGUUCCGGUCUAUAUUACGGCUGUGAAGGCGCUACAGAAGGUGGCUACUGUCUGCUACGCAGUAAUCUUGAAUGCCUACCUGACAAUCGUCUGUCUGUAUCUGCCCAAGUUCUACGCCUUGAAGUUCGUUGGUGGCGACGACAUGAGUACCAGCGACUGCAAGGGAAUAGGCACUUCGGCAAGGUCGGCCAUGUCAACGAAUAAGGUUGCGCCGUCCACAUCGGGAACCAUCGAAUCAAAGGCAUAAUGAGAAAAAAAAUGAGAAGAUCAGGUGCAGGCUGUGAAAGAAAGCACUGAUGAAUUAUUUUAAUUGAAAUCACGACAUAAGUGCUUUCAACGUCCCCUGCCAUAUGGUGCACCCAUAGAUACUUAUUUUUUACGUAACUUUUUGACUUUCAGUGGUUGUACGUGUUCGUCCACAUCGUUUGCUCUGUUCCCAUGUGAUUGCAAAUUUUAUUUCCAUCGCAUACAAAAUAUUGUAGAACUGUUUUGUGAUAUUUGUCUAUUUCAAAGCAUUUACAAGCUACAGCCGCUUCCCUAAUUUAAGACAUGCAUUUUUCUCAAUGUAGGCCUAUCUACUCCUCAUGCUCCUGUUCUGGUAGGUGAAACAGCUCCCUUUAUACAGAACCACCACACAGUCUUGGGUACAACUAAAAGCCCGUUUUCAAAUCUAGAUAACUCGACGUUUUGUGUUUAAAAAUCUAUCAUCCUGAAGGGUUUUGAAUCCGUGUCUCAGUACUUGUACUCCCGUUGUUGUUUACAUUAGGAAACUUUACACAACCCUCUGUCUCAGUGAAACUUUGUGCGUUACGUUAAUUUAAAAUGACCUUUCCGUUGGCCCAAUGUGCGGGACCAGAAACAUAAUUGAGAUAUCUCUGUUAAAGUAGGAUGUAGGAUAAAGAUAUCUCUAGGCCCUAUUAUUAGUAGAGAUAUCUCUAUAAGGAAUAGAGAUAUCUAUAUCAGGAAUAUAGAAUAUAUUACGCGGAUUAAAUACGCGGAUUAAAUGUUAACUUUGCACGCCAUAUUGAACCGUAUAUAUACACGGAUAUUCUUAUUGCAUUGGUACCGGUAGCUUUUCGAUGCACAACAGCUUAACUUGGCAUUAUAUUAAAGCGCUCUUUUUUCAUUUCUUUUGGUAGUAUGAAGAAAGUAUUUAGUUUUAAUUGUGCUCUGCUUUGAAAGCAUUAGGAGUACAUGUAAUGGCAGAAGAUUGUAUUUUUGAGAUGGGUCUAAUCAAUCAACGAAUUUGGAGAAAAAUAAACAUUGAGUUCUUUUCGAGCUGCUUGAACUUUUCUCGGGAUUUGCCGUCUGAGAAUUGCGCGGAAAGAGUAAAGCGAAUGAAAGAGUGGUCUGUAAAUUCUGUUUGUAUAAUUCCACAGUAGUCUAGUAGGUCCUAUAAUCUUAGUCUAAAGUUACAGUAUCAUGCAUGAUAACAGAAAUAUUUGUAUUAUCUGUACUUUCUGUAAUGUAAUGAAAAGCACUGAAAGAUGAAAAAAUGUGACAAUUUUACACGAGCAAAUAGAGAAAUGCAAGAUCGGAGAGCUAUUUUUCUUCCCAUGUCAUGUCAAAAUCGAGCACCAACAUGCUUUUAAUAAGAUACUGCUUGCAUGGAUACAUAAAAAAUGGUUCAGUAUUUGUACAUCAAAGGAUAAAUGCUUGUGUACGACCUUUUUAAAACUUUAUUCUAUCGUGUGCGUGAACGUUUAGUCGGCAUUGCUUUUGUCCACGUACACCGUAGUUGGGAUGUUGCUGUCGUAUACCUAGACGCCUUUUGCUUUGAUGUAGGUAAAUACCUUUUGAGGAUUCUACUUUCGUUUAAGUACACGCCUUAUCGACAUUGUAAAAACACACCGCAGCUUUGAUUUAUGUACCAAAGGCGUGAAUGCAUCUUUAGAGGGGAAAAAAGACGUUUUCUGGUGGACGUCGGGUAAUACGAUCCUCUGCUCAGUUUAUUCAGUGACAAAGUUCAAAGAUAUCGUCUACUAAUACUAUCCUGGACAAGAUUGUUAAAUAAUAUCAAGGAACUAAAGUCUUUGUAAAGUUUGCGUUUAUCACAGAUCAUGCGGACAUCGAAAGCCAACACUGCGGCAAAAACCCGUCAUCUCCGAUUCGUCUGCACGCGCCAAGUUUACGGUGCACUAGAUCUAGUGACAGAUAAAACCACAAGAGUUGUGUACUCAGUUGGAGUGAACAAGCUGUGAUGUGACAUACACGUGAAGCUAAAGCAGCGUUCUUAAUGUGUAACGUAUACUUUUCA